ACACAGAGGAACCUCGUUCACCGAACCGAUGCUACCCGGGGAGGAGGGACCAUUUCCUGGCGAACUUCUCAUCUCAAUCACCAGAAAACAACAAGACGCUGGCACCAUACACCAUCAUGCAGGAACUACAUCAACGCCAUUUAACGUCACCAGACAACGUGGUUACCGAUGGACUGUAACUCAAGAAAAUCCACUGUCUAGACAUGCACGUUCGACUAACAGCCUCUCUGUUACAACAGGACAGUUUGUUACUGUCAUGGCUGUCAGCUCGUCACUUGGACCAACAGACGGUUACCUGGCCAUCGCUGUUAACAAAUGGGGCAAGGAGUACUAUGUCAUCACUCACGACGAAGGUCGUAGUCAAGUGGCCAUCACUGCAUCUGAAGCCGUGACCAGUGUGUUGGUCACUUUACCGCCUGGAUGUGUACUGGUCAUGGAUGAAGUCGAAGUGAUGGCUCCAGAAUAUGUCAACGUCACCUUGGAUCAAUUUGAAGUCCUUCUUCUCCAAGCUGAUACAGACCUCACUGGAACCUACAUUCAAGCAGAUAAACCUGUUGGCGUGGUCAGUGGGAAUAGAUUCAUUGGGGAGAGAACGCAUCUGGUUGAACAGCCUUUGCCAAUCAAAACAUGGGGGAGGAAUUUUGUGUCUGCACCGAAUUUCGACAGCCACUGGGGUCCGGUUGAUACCUAUAGGAUCAUCUCCAGAACCAACAUUUCUGUUGGCGUGAGAGAAGUAUCUGAAGGAACCCACUAUCUGGAUGGGUCUGGCAACCACGCUGUCUAUCUGUCAGGUGCUGGGAAUGGUUCAGCCUCAUAUUGCUAUCCAGCGGGUAUGGGUGUGGAUACCAUCAAUAGUAAGAAUCUGUCGACCUACAAGAGAAAGCACACCAGUGCCCCUGAUGCGCGCGUGUCAGCACGAGCUCUGGGGACCUUCGGUGUUGUGAUUAUCAUCUCUGCUGUUUGUAUCCUGAUAGCCAUAGACCUGCCAGUACUGUGCCAUGACGUCAUCAACCUGGCGCCGUCGAAACGGCCCAGAAUGGACAGAAGGAUUCGUUAG